CGGCGCGUGGCCGGCGACCCCGCCUGCCUCUUCGCGCAGGGGAAUAAACCAGCACACCCAGCAGAUGAGGAGCUGAUAGGAGCUCCUUCACUUGGCGGGAAUUCCUUUUGAUCUCUGCUUCAGAUGGCGGUUGGAGUGACAUCCCACCUCUUCCAAGGAGUGACUCCUACCAACAACAGAUUAAGCCAGACCAACAGAUUUAGAGUACGGGUAGCUGGCUCCGAGAUGAGGCGUUCUCUCCUGCCAUCCACUUCGUUGCCUUCAGUUGCUUAUGGGAAAGAUGCUACAGUGCAUAACUUAUUCGAGAGGAACUUCAUUCCCAUGCUUUAUGUGCCUUGUCGACAUCGGGCCUUGAGUGUUAGAUCUUUUGCCUUGCCAGUUGCUUUGAAGGAAAUUCCUUUGGUCAAAAGCGCGUCAUUAAUAUUGACUAGGUCAUGUGACACUUUACUUGCAAAUCCUGCUACUGCAUUUGUGGUACCUGCGAUUGGAAUAAUUGUCUUUGCUCUAUGGGGUUUUUUGCCUCUGGUGAAGGACAUCAGAAACCGUUUUGAUCAUGGAGGCAACUGGAAAAAGAGCCCUACCUACCUAAUAUCUAGUUCCUACCUUCAACCUUUACUCCUUUGGACAGGAGCAACACUUAUCUGCAGGGGUUUGGAUCCAGUUGUGUUGCCUUCAGCAGCAAGCCAAGCUGUUAAAACACGGCUUUUGACUUUUGUGAGAUCAUUAUCGACCGUCCUGGCUACUGCAUAUAUUAUGACAAGCUUGAUUCAGCAGGUACAGAAAUUCCUAGUGGAUAUAAGAAGCCCCAAUGAUACUAGAACUAUGGGAUUGGAUUUUACCAUGAGAGCUGUUUAUACUGGUAUUUGGAUUGCUGCUGUUUCGCUCUUUAUGGAGUUGCUGGGCUUCAAUACCCAGAAGUGGAUUACUGCUGGAGGUUUCGGGACAGUGUUGCUUACGCUUGCUGGUCGUGAGAUUUUUACCAACUUCCUCUCAAGUGUUAUGAUCAAUGCCACCCGCCCAUUUGUAGUGAAUGAAUGGAUCAAUGCAAAGAUAGAUGGUGUUGAUGUAUCUGGUAUUGUUGAGCAUGUUGGCCUGUGGUCACCAACAAUCAUUAGAGGUGAUGACAGAGAAGCUAUAUACAUUCCCAAUCAUAAGUUCACAAUGUCUAUAUUGAGGAAUAACACUAGGAGAAGUCAUUGGCGUAUUAAGACGUACCUUGCUAUAAGCCACAUGGAUGCUGGAAAAAUUGGUAUAAUCGUUGCGGACAUGAGGAAAGUGUUGGCUAAAAAUCAUCAUAUAGAACAACAGAAGUUACAUAGGAGAGUAUUUUUUGAAAAAAUUGAUCCAAAAACUCAAGCACUUAUGAUUUACAUAUCCUGCUUUGUGAAGACAUCACAUUUUGAAGAGUACCUUAAUGUCCAGGAAACAGUUAUGUUGGAUCUUCUUACAAUAGUUGGCCACCACAGGGCAAGGCUUGCUACACAAAUUCGAACAGUUCAGAAAUCAUAUGGCAAUGCGGACAUUGAUAACAUUCCUUUUGGAGAGGAUACAUAUAGUCGUGUACGUGGCCGUCCGAUCCUGAUCGAUACUUCUGCAAGGCUCAGUGAGGACAAGAAACCUCGACCGGUAUCACGCGAAGAUCAGAAAGUCAAGACAAGUGUAUCAGUCGAGACCAAGUCAGCUUCAGCUGAUGCACCUGACGGUUCUAGUUUAAGCAACUCCGAGAGGCAGGAAGAGAAAAAAAUGGUACCAGACGAUAUUCGAAUGAAGAACAGCAAGAACGAUAAUGUGAAAUCAACAAUACCAUCCCCGACAACUCCGUGGGCAGAAACUACUGAUCCUGUAGCUUCCAAGCCUGGUAAAGGGAAGGCUCAAGGAUCAGAGGCUACAGAACGACAAGGAGAUAGUUCAGUUCCAGUGACUAAUCCAAAGAAGGAAUCAAGACCUGCGUUUGAAGAUAACAUUGUUCUUGGUGUAGCUCUUGAUGGCUCCAAGAGGACACUCCCAAUUGAUGAAGGAAUGAACCCUCAUCUAUCCCUCUCUGAACAUGAGCAAGACACUGUUGAGGCUGCUUCAUCGCCUAAGAAAGGUCAAAGCUAUUCACUGUCAGGUCAAGAGAAGGCUGACCAAAGGAAUCCUGACAGGUGAUCCAUGCCGAAGUAUAUAUCUUUACCAGUGAUGAAAAUGAUAUUUGUCACCAAGCCAACCUUUUUUGUGCGCUUGUGCAAAUGCGAUCUGUCACUUGGCUCGCUUAUACAUGUUUAAGAUAUAUAAAACGCCAGUGGUACUUGUUUUGUCCGGGGAAUGUACCUGUUCAAUUGCACAUUAGGAAUUUACUGCCAGGCUUGUUAAAGUCAGCAAGAGGUUUUCCGUACAAUACUCUGUACAUAUGUUGGAUCUGCUGUAAUGAUCUAGAUAAAGAUGAUUUGGUUGUUCAUUGCA